AGUGAACGUCGGACUCCACGGUGAGGAGAUUCGUCUCGCUGAAUAUGAAAUCUUAAGCGGUAAGGGUCUCUUUUUCUCGGUUUAAGAUGGAUAAAUCUCUCUUCAGUUUCACCGGAGAGCGUCACAUACUUCAAGCUUGAUCUGCACUUUAAUGAUUUGUGGGUGCUUUCUUCACGAUGGAGUUGCUCGAGUUGUCCGACGUCCAACAGAUGUUCAACGACUCGCGUUUUCAGGGGAAUUUAAGUGAGCUAGAUGAUGUAGACGAGCCUCUACCUAAGAGCGCAAAGAUCACCGUCGUUGUGGUCUACUUGAUAGUGUGCGCGGUGGGGCUCGUGGGGAACUGCCUGGUCAUGUAUGUAAUUAUCAGGUACACAAAGAUGAAAACGGCCACCAACAUUUACAUCUUUAACCUGGCCUUGGCUGAUGCACUAGUGCUGGCCACUCUUCCUUUCCAAGGCACGGAUGUCAUCCUUGGAUUCUGGCCCUUCGGUCUGGCCCUGUGCAAAGCUGUGGUGGCCAUUGACUAUUACAACAUGUUCACAAGUGUUUUCACCCUGACCAUAAUGAGUGUGGAUCGCUACAUAGCCGUCUGCCACCCCGUGCGCUCCCUGACAGUUCGCACCCCGCUCCGGGCCAAGCUGAUCAACGUGGCCGUGUGGGUGCUGGCGUCAGCCGUAGGACUGCCUGUUAUGAUCAUGGGUCAGGUGGAGGAGGAGAAAGAUGGUUAUGGUGCCGAAUGCAUACUGAACCUGCCUAAACCAAGAGAACAUUGGUGGCCUGUGUUUGUGUUUUGUGUGUUCCUCUUCUCUUUCCUGAUUCCUGUGGUGAUCAUAAGUGUCUGCUACGGCUUGAUGGUACGACGCCUGCGCAGUGUCCGCCUCCUGUCCGGUUCAAGAGAGAAAGACCGGAAUCUGAGGAGAAUCACCUAUAUGGUACUGUCUGUGGUCGCUGCUUUUGUGUUGUGCUGGAUGCCGGUGCAGGUCUUGGCUUUGGUCCAGGCCUUGGGCCAUGUGGAUCUUGGGACCAGCCAGUCCUCGAUGGCAGCCAUGCAUUUCUGUAUUGCUCUGGGCUAUGCUAACAGUUGCUUAAACCCUGUCCUCUAUGCCUUCUUGGAUGAAAACUUCAAGCGGUGUUUCCGUGAGUUCUGUGUCCUGGCCAACUCCAGUUUGCUCCUAGAAGAACAGCGCAAGAGGUCACUGAGGCAGGAGAGAGAAUGUGCUAAAAAGGAAGAAAAAGAGGUGGUUAUUGAUCAAGGUGUCAUUGCGGCGUGUACAAAUUAGAGGUGUUCUAAGUGACUAUUCUUGGAUGCCCACCUCUGAACUCGUCAGGAAACUUACAAUUGAGUAAAGCCAUGUAAAUAUUGCAGCUUUUGUCUGGUUUAAAGUUUUUUCUUUAUUUAUCUUUAGCUGGCAGAUGAUUUGUGAUGAUUCAGAAUUAAAAGUAUGGAUAUACAAGACUAUUGUUUCACAUGGGACAAAGGGCUUUUUUUGUUUUUGAAUAUUAUAUUAUAUUAUAUUAUGCUAUAUUAAUGAUUCUAAAUUUUAAUUCAAAAUAAAUAUGAAAAAAAUAUUAAUUCAAGUGUAUUUUGUAAAUGGUUUUAUUAUGAAACUGUUACACUGGAAUUGCAAAUGAAAAUAUUUAUUAUUUUUUUAACUGCUGUACAAAAAUGUUUGUGUGUAAAUAUACUAUAUAUAUUUGUAAACAAAAAAUAUAUACUAGUGUUUAAAGUUUGGGGCAGUAAUACAUACAUACCAGUCAAAAGGUUUUGAACAGUAAUAUUUUUAAUGUUUUUAGAGAAGUCUCUUCUGCUUACUAAGCCCGCUGUUGCUGGAUCCAAAGUAUAGCAAAAGCUAUUUUCUAUUUGAAUAUGUUUUAAAAUGUAAUUUAUUCCUGUGAUGUUAAAGCUGAAUUUAGCAUCAUUACUCCAGUCACAUGAUCCUUCAGAAAUUAUUCUAAUAUCCAGAUUUGGUGCUCAAAAAACAUUUCUAUUAUUAUUAUGUUGAAAACAGCUGAGUAUAAUUUUUUCAGGUUUCUUUGAUGAAUAGAAAGUUCAGAAGAACAGCGUUUAUCUGAACAUUAUAAAUGUCUUUAUUAACAUUUUUGAUCAAUUUAAAGCAUCCCUGCUAAAUACAAGUAUUAAUUUCUGAUGUUAAUAAAUGUUGAUCUUUGGAUCUUUCUAUUAAUCAAAGUAUCCUGAAAGAAAAUGCACUCCACUGUUUUAAGUAUAGAUAAUAAUAACAAUAAGAACAACAUUUCUUUAAGAGCAAAUAAGCAUACUAUUUUUGAUUUUUGAAGGAUCAUGUGACACUAAAGACUGGAGUAAUGAAUGUAAUAAAUUACAUUUUAAAAUAUAUUCAAAUAGACAACAGUUUUUUUAAAUAGUAAAAAUAUUUCACAUUUUUUGCUGUACUUUGGAUCAAAUGAAUGCAGGCUUGGUGAGCAGAAGAGACUUCUUUAAAAAACAACAGAACAUUUUACUGUUCAAAUACUUUUGACUGGUAGCGUAUAUAUAUAAUAAGAACACUUUUAUUCAGCAAGGACGCAAUACAUUGAUCAAAAUUGACCAUAAUUCUAUUUAUCAGAGUAUGAAUCACAGCACAGCUGUUUUUGGCAUUGAUAAUAAGACAUUUUUUCAAAAAGAAAUACAGCUUUGCCAUCACAGGAAUAAAUUGCAUUUUGAAAAUAUAUUGAAAUUGAAAAGAAUGUUUUCAUUUGUAAUAAUAUUUCACUUUUUUUAUUUAUUCAUUUAUUUUUUUACAGAAGUUUUACUCAAAUAAAUGCAGCCUUGGGGAGCGUUAGAGACUUUUUACUGACUCCAAACUUUUUAACGGUAGUUUAUAUUACAGCUACAUAAAAGAAUGCAAUAUAACAAUAUUGAUAUUGAAUGACUGUGAUAUCACAGUACUGAUAAUGAAGUACUUCUGUGCCUGUAUCUUAAGUAUUCAUUUUCAACUGAAUUGUUUGACAGUGAUUCAGAAUGACAGGUUUGUGUUAAUGAAGACAAGACUCUCUCCCAAAAACCACAUCUGUUUGACAUCUGUGAAAUAUUGUACAGACAGGUGGGAAGGGGAGGGGAUUUGAAGAAACUGUUGAUUUCUGGGUUUCAUCAGUUUGUUCUGUGAUGGGAUUGAGAGCAUGUUUCCUUGAUCUUGGCCAGCUUACAAAGAACACGCUGGAGUAAUGGAUCUUCGAAACAUCUGUUUUUGUCUGUGUGGUGUGAAGUGCUUGCCAGAUGGUGUUCUAAUGCUCGAUAUAUGCUCCUUAUGCCAUGCUUCAUCUCAUACCACUUUGGAUUUUAAGAUAUAUUUUAAUUAAACUCUUGACUGAAGGGAUGCAUAUAAUAUAAGGAAUGCAGAAAUUAACUUCUUGUUCUUCUAUACAAGUUGGUUAGGUGAGAAACGAAGAAACUGAAUAAUGCAUGUUACAUUUUACAAUGUAUAUUGAAGAAUGUCUUAUUAUUUGUGUGCAAUGGGUUUGAUUCCCUUGGACUGCAUGAA